UAAUUGAACAGUAAAAUUCUUCUUUAAAAGAGAAAAUGAAAAUUGCAAUUAUUGGAGGUGGUGCAGUAGGUUUAACUACUGCACUACAAGUACAACGUACAUUGCGUAAUGCUCAAAUAACUAUUUUUGCUAACGAUUUUGAUAAUAUUGUUAGUAAUGUCGCAGCUGGAAUAUUUCGUGUCAGUUCAUCAUAUAGUGGACCCACCGAAGAGAUAACAAGGAAAUGGAUAGAAGAUUCAUAUUCAUAUUAUGACAGUAUAUGUAAACUGUCAGAUGCAUCUCAAGCAGGAAUAACAACUAUCUCGGGUUAUAUGUUUGCUAAUUCUCCAGGCAUUAUAAAGAACCAUUGGAUGGAAAAAUUGGUACCAAUAUACAGAAAUGUAACAGAAGAAGAAUUCCAAUUAGUGAGAGGUAAUUGGAAAUAUGGUUGUUUCUUUACAACACUGCUUACGGAAUGUAAAUUAUAUCUUCCUUGGAUAUUACAACAAUUAAAACACAAUGGAGCUGUUGUAAAGAAACAGAAAAUAGACUCAUUUAAAGAAUUAACUACAGAAUAUAAUAUAAUAAUGAAUUGUACUGGACUCGGAGCUAGAAAUUUGUGCAGUGACAGACAUAUGGUUCCUAUACGUGGACAAGUCAUUAAAGUUGCUGCUCCUUGGUUAAAAACUUUUUUCUAUGGUGAGCUAGAUACAUAUAUAAUUCCUGGAUUUAAUGGAGUAGUUACUUUAGGUGGAACUAGAAAUUUUGAUUCUGAAAAUAUGAAGUUAUGUCCAUAUGAAUCUGCUCAAAUUCGUACACGAUGUGAGACACUUGUGCCAUCUUUACGAACGGUUGAAAAUAUACGAGAAGAAGUAGGUUUAAGGCCAUACAGAGAUGGUGGUGUUAGAGUAGAAGCAGAAUUCACUGCUAAUGGAUAUACUAAAACUACGAUAAUACAUAAUUAUGGACAUGGCGGUUAUGGUGUUUGCACAGCUCCUGGUACUGCUCAAUAUGCUGUACAAUUAGCUAUAAAUGCUCACAGAUCAUCUAUCGCAAAACUAUAACUGAUGUAUAAUACAUGUUAAUACUCAGAAUUAAUAAUUAAUAUUUGUAAAGAUAUCAUUUUUUUUGCCUGAUAAAAUAUGGGUUGAUAAAUAUAUAUUUACCGAAUCUAUAAAAAAAAA